GCGGCUCCUACUUUCUCUCCUGAUGAUGCUUCAAAGUGGGACUCCGGCUGGCCAAAGGACGGCAACGAUACCAACUUCGAAUCUGACAGCAACUAGGGAAGACGUAUAUGGCGGCAUGUUCUCCUUGGUUUUUCACUCAUUAUGGGCGUGACACGUACAACAAGAACUGGAUCUUCAACCUCGAUGAUUGGUUAUUUGCUGCACGCUGGGAACAACUUGUUAAGAACAAAGCUGAAGUAAACCUGGUGCAACUACUGUCUUGGAACGACUAUGGAGAAUCGCAUUAUCUUGGACCUAUCUUUGUCGGAGACAUGGACUGCUGGUUUCGAUCAUCAAGCCUGGCUGAAACUCGGGUCUUGGUAUGCCAACGCUUUCAAAACCGGAUCUUAUUCAGACUUCGAUAACGACGGCAUCUACCUGUGGAGUCGUCUUUACCCUGCAGCGGCAGAUAUUCGGGGGGACAGCGUGGGGAAACCUGCUCUAUGGCAACUUGUAA